AUGCAUCUGGCAAGGGCUUAUGUUGAGAAUGUUGAUGAAUACAAUCGAGGAUUCACGGCAGCCACUCGAGGUGAUGCAAAACACGGCCGACAGCGCUUGUUGGAAAAAUGGGCAGUUGAACUGACUGCGUUCGGCGUCGUCGAAAGAACCACUGUGGAGAUCGAGCAAAAGUUACGGGAUUAUAUGAAGAAAAUAAUCGGCAAUAGCAGACGUGCACACAGACGACCGUUGAGUCCUGCAGCAGAACUGCUGAGUACGGUAAUACCUCAAUGCUCUACUGCAUCCAGCUCGUCGAACAACAAUGCCGAUGAAUCGGGUUCAGUGAACGACCCGCAAACUGAAUACGUCGAUUUCUUAUUACGACAACAUCGUGCCACUUCUAAUGACUCCUUUGAAAAUAGGUGCGUUAUUGCGUUUUGA